AUGAUUCGUUGUAAUAUUGAUGUUGAAAAUUUGCCUGUUAUUGCUGGUGGUGAGGAUUAUAAAAUUUGGGAUUUAGAUACCAAAGGCGUUUUUUCAGUUAAGUCGUCUAAGGCCGCUCUUAAGACGCCGACAGAAGUUGUGCCUUGUGCAAAUCUGUUUACUAGACAGGUUGUGCACCCUACCUUGAGUGUGCAAUACUGGAAGAUUUGGGCCAAGCAAUGUUGUGCUAGUGAAGACAAUAUUAUUAAGAAGACAAGUAAGAGCAUCCAUACUAUGUGCCGCUUAUGCAGGAAAAGUUGCGAAACUCUUAGCCACAUCACUUGGCAUUGCAAAGUUGCUAGGAGGAUUUGGGCUUGGGUGGCUGGAAUUUUCAAGCUGCAACCAAGUGAAGACCUGGUGGACUCGUAUAAGGCUGCUAAGGGUCGAAGCAGAAUGAUAAAGGACCUGUGGUUAGUUGCAAAUCUUGCAAUUGUCACGGAAUUAUGGAAGUUACGCAAUAAGUCUUAUUUUGAUAAUAUGGCAGUUCAAUGGCUUGGUUUUAAAGGGAGAGUUUAUCAAAUAAUUCGUGAUAAUUCAAUUAGAAUGAAGGUCCACAUGUAUAAUACUUUAGAGGAGUUAUGCAUUCUGAAUUAUUUCAAGGUACGGCAUAGAUCAUGCAAAAGGUCUACCCCAAUUGAGAUUAGUUGGACUCCUCCUAAUCAAGAUGAAAUCAUGAUCUGUUGUGAUGGUGCAUCUUUCGGAAACCCAGGCCAAGCUGGUUCAGGUGUUCUUUUCCGUGAUGCAAGUUCGGAGGUGCUUGGUGUUCUUUGUGUUGGCCUUGGUUGGAAAACCAAUUUGUAUGCGGAAGUAUGUGCUAUUAUUUAUGGUGCGAUUGUGGAUAAUAGAUGGAAUAUGCGGAGUAUUUGCAUUCGUUCUGAUUCGAAGAGUUGCAUACAAGCUUUUCAAAAGGGUGAUCUGCCUUGGCAGCUGGUGCAGAAGUGGAACAUUGCGAAAUCUUACUACAUCAACGUUCGUUAUAUUCAUAGCUAUAGGGAGGUUAAUUUCUCAGCUGAUGCCUCGGCCAAGCAAGCCUGUUUGCUGGCUGAGGAUAUUUUUGAGUUUUAUGAGGGUAGGCCAGGUUUUAUUCCAUCUGUGGAAUGA